GUACGGCCUACGGGAGCCGAGGUGGGCCCAGAAGGCCUCCAGCUUGGGCCUCCCGGGCGGGAGGGAAUGAAUGGGAGCUGAGCCCGAGGGGCGCCCGUUCUAAGCACAGGUCUGAAGCGGGUGAGCGGCCGCAGCAUGGAGGACGACGCUCCCGUCAUCUAUGGGCUGGAGUUCCAGGCACGUGCCCUCACACCUCAGACUGCAGAAACAGAUGCCAUUCGGUUUUUGGUCGGGACGCAGUCUCUCAAAUAUGAUAAUCAGAUCCACAUCGUAGACUUCGAUGACGAGAAUAACGUUAUAAGUAAAAACGUCCUCCUCCAUCAAGUGGGUGAGAUCUGGCACAUGAGCACCAGUCCUGCCGACAAGGGUGUGCUGGCCACGUGCUACAACAAGCCUUCAGACAGCAAAGUCCUGACGUGCGCGGCCGUGUGGAGGAUGCCGCAGGAGCUGGAGCCCGGCGGCCACGAGUCCCCCGACGAUUCCACGAGCCCCACGCACACGCUGGAGCUGCUCUGUCACCUCGACGACACGUCCCACGGCAGCACGGCCUGUGUCACGUGGGAGCCCACGGGGGACGGGAAGAAGGUCAUCUCGCUUGCGGACAGCCACAUCCUGCUGUGGGACCUGCAGGAAAGCUCCAGCCAGGCCGUGCUGGCCAGCUCGGCGUCCCUGGAAGGGAAGGGACAGCUGAAGUUCACCUCCGGACGGUGGAGCCCUCACCACACCGGCACCCAGGUGGCCACCGCGAACGACACGACCAUCCGAGGCUGGGACACGCGGAGCAUGAGCCAGAUAUACUGCAUUGAGAACGCCCACGGGCAGCUGGUGCGCGACCUGGACUUCAACCCCAACAAGCAGUACUACCUAGCCAGCUGCGGGGACGACUGCAAGGUGAAGUUCUGGGACACCCGAAACGUCACUGAGCCCGUGAAGACCCUGGAGCAGCACUCCCACUGGGUGUGGAACGUCCGCUACAACCACUCCCACGACCAGCUUGUCCUCACGGGCAGCAGUGACAGCAGGGUCAUCCUGUCCAACAUGGUGUCCAUCUCAUCCGAGCCCUUCGGCCACCUGGUGGACGACGACGACCUGAGUGACCAGGAGGAGCGCCGCCCAGAGGGGAAGAGCCAGGAGCCCCCACAGGACAGCGUCAUCGCGACCUACGAGGAGCACGAGGACAGCGUGUACGCCGUGGACUGGUCCUCUGCUGACCCCUGGCUCUUUGCCUCCCUGAGUUACGACGGGAGGCUCGUCAUCAACAGGGUGCCCCGGGCGCUGAAGUAUCACAUACUGCUCUAGCGCCGCCCCGACCCUCCGCUGGCAGUCCGCGAGGGCGCAGCGGUCCUUGGGGACCAUUUCCCAGGUCGCUCCGGCGUUGCCGGUCUCUCCCGCGAGCCUUUAUAAGGAACGAGGGAGCUUCUGCCGACAGCGGCCGGUCCCACCCGACGUCUCCCCUCGCUGACGGGACCCGUCCUCACUGGGUGGGAGCCGUCCUGCCGCGGUCACUGUUUCCUCGCUCCGGGCUCUCGCAGGGUGUUGGGAGUUUCACUAAAAAAAAAUCUGUUUCCAUAGUUUUAAUUCCUCUUUCUCUUGAGAUUAAGAAUAAAAUAAAAUAAAC